AGUUUAGGCCAAAUCAGUGUGUGCAAACACAGCACAUUUUUGGUAAACCUUCGCAAAUAGUAUCAAUUAAAAACGCUUUCCCCAUCUUUGCUUUCCGUAUUCAAACCUUCAACUUCUACACAGAGACUCCAUUUUUAUUUUCUUUCUUUGUUUUAUUCUUUUCUUAGUGAAAUUCAAGGAAAGAAAAUCCCAUAAAUCCUUCAGCUUCCUAAACAGCCAUUCUGCUUUGUAUAUUUUUCUUUAAUAUCAAAUCACUAUUUCUUUGUCCUCUUUCAGGAUUUUUUUUUGUUUCUUUCACUAUAUAAAGACACCAGGAAUUAAGGCAUACAGUGAUCUUUAUGAUCAUGGCGUCUAAAGUAUCUACUAGCCUAUGCUUGGCUUUGUUUGCUUGCUUUUUCAUCACUUCUUCUUUUGGUUACACCUUCUAUGUUGGUGGCAAAGAUGGUUGGGUUUUGAACCCACCUGAGGACUACAACGAUUGGGCUGGCAGAAACCGAUUCUCAGUCAAUGACACACUCGUGUUCAAGUACAAGAACGGGUCAGACUCUGUUUUGGUAGUGAGUAAAGAUGACUACUAUAGUUGCAAUACAAAGAAUCCUAUAAAGAAUUUGAAUUCAGGGACAUCUGUUUUCCAGUUUGAUCGUUCUGGUCCUUUCUUUUUCAUUACUGGAAAUGAAGAAAAUUGUCAAAAAGGACAAAGAUUGAUUGUUGUGGUGUUGGCUAUCAGACCAAAACCAACAAAAGAAUCACCCAAAAGUUCCCCUGCACCAACAGUCUCAUCUCCCCCUCCUGCUAUACCCCCUGAAUCAUCAGCUCACUCUCCAUCUUCACCUUCUCCGAAAUCUCCAUCACCAAUUGCAAAACCUCCAUCUUCUUCUGCUCAUGUCCCUGCAGUUUCCCCUGCUUCUCCUUCACCUAUCGCCAAGGCUCCAUCUUCUUCUGCUCAUGUUCCUGCAGUUUCCCCUGCUUCUCCUUCACCUUUCGUCGAGGCUCCAUCUUUGGCUCCAACACCAGCACUGUCUCCUAAAUCUCCAAAAGCCAAGACACCAUCUUUCGCUCCAUCUCCAUUUACAACGUCACCAACCUCAUCUCCUACAAAGGCACCUUCACCAUCUGCAGUAGCUCAUGCACCGAUUUCUCCAUCUCCAUCACCAGCAGCGGUAGAGGAGCCUGUUAGUUCUCCAAGCCCUGUGGCAGUAGAGGAGCCAGUUAGUUCUCCAAGCCCAGCAGCAACAUCCCCAUCUCCAGUAGCCACUACUACUUCACCUUCUUCAUCUCCAACUCCAUCAGCAACUGAACCAGCAAAUUCUCCUGAGUCAGGGUCAGGGUCAGAACCAGUAUCAUCACCGGACUCCGGUAACUCAGCGGACGUCAAUGCUCCAGCUCCUCGUCGUUCUGCUUCAUUGUCUUUAACUCCUACAAUCACAGUCUAUCUUCUUGUCAGUCUUAUCUUGGGUGCAUCUCUUUCGGGAGUUUGAGAUUAUUGAGUUUGGAUAUGUGAUUUUUCAUUUUUUUGUUUUUUUACUUUUUAUUGGUAUAAUUAGGACUUCUUGGUUGGAUUAUUUAUUGUUAUUUUUAUCAUAUGGUUUUAAUAAUUUUUUACAGACCUUUAUUUUA